ACCUCUUCAAUGUCUCUUUUUAUACCACUUUGAAAAUUCAAACAUUCAUUGAGCAAUUCCAGUCGCAGUCUAAAUAAGGCUUCUGCAGGAUUAAUCGUGCGAGGUUGAUAUCUCGCCAUACCUCUUUCCUUCCUCAAACUUGCCAAAGCAAUCAAAAGUAACGACUUUUCAACUCCACACUAUCAACCGCGAUAUCUUCCUUUUUUCUUUAAUUAUCAUUAGCUUCCUACCCUCGCUGGUAAUACCACUUGGGAUAAAUAUCUCACGUGCCGUACAACACUCAAAACAUCCGCCAAAGUUGGUAAUGGGCUCGCAACAAAAAGAUAUGUACGAUGGACAGUUUAGCAACAUCCUGAAUUUUCGUGACGUUGGCAAAACUAUCAAUGAUUUCUUAGGAGAAAAGUAUGUAAUCCUACCUGCCUCAUAAAGAUUGUCGAGAUAUAAGGUCUAAUGUUUACUUUCAAGGCUCAUUAAGGAAGGACGAAUAUAUCGCUCCGCAAGGCUAGGUGUGUAUUCAUCAGGCCGUGAAGCCAUCCAUGCCACAUUCAGGACGUCAGCCAGCUCAAGGUGGUGAGUCUGGCAAAAAUCAAAUUGUGUUAACAAAUUCCCGGGUAGACGAUGCCACAAUAUCGGAUAGGCAGCGGAUAAAGGACCAUUAUGGCAUCAAAACUAUCCUGGACCUGCGGACACUGUAAGAAAGCCAACUUUCCUCUAAAUCGAGUACCUAGGUAGCCUAAGAAACUAAUUAUCACAGAACAGAACACGAUAAGCAAGCAAAAAAGCGGGCAAUAGAUAUUCGUGAUCCUCGUCUUGUAAAUUUAAACAGCGCGCUGAAGGAGCCAAUGAAGAUACCGGGCAUUGAGUAUAUGGAGAUCAAUGUGAAUGGUAAAGGGUUUGAGAGAAGUUUAGUAUGGCAAUUAUCACCUUAUAGUCUUAUGUGAGUUUCGACCUCCCUUGUUAAAUAUAGAAGCUGACAAGUGCAUAUAGGAAAUUGAUCGGCCUGAUGGGUUUGGGUUACCGGUUGGAGGCCAUCGGCAUUCUAGGACGACAGGUCUUGCAACCCCGAGGACUUAUAGGAUUGAGUUUCGAUACGAUUCAUCAUUGUGGUCCAGAACUCGCCUCAGUAUAUCAUUAUUACCCCUCCAUAAUCAUCCCGUCUGACUUUCCUUAGGUUCUUAGGACAUACUGUUCUCCGUCAGAUUAUCCAAUUCUUGCCCAUUGUACGCAAGGAAAAGAUCGCACCGGACUCAUUAUCGCUUUAGUCCUAUUUAUCCUCGAGAUACCCAUAGAAGCCAUCUCCCAUGACUAUCUUAUGAGUGAGGAGAAAUUGCUUCCCGAAAGGGAGAGUCGUUUGAAGGAAAUCCACGAGAUUGGUCUAAGUGACGAUUUCGCUGGAUGUCCUGUUGAUUUUGUUGAAAAGACUUAUGAGUAUCUGAUAAACUCAUAUGGUACUGUUGAGAAUUAUCUGACGACGAUCGGCUUUACGGAGGAUGAAAGAACAGCUCUUGUGCGGGAACUGAUGGCAUAGCCGUGAAAAAAGAGGGUGGCACUUUACGCUGGGCAAGUAGAUAAGGCUAGGCGGGGUGAGUGUACACCAAGAUAGAUCAGACUAAUUCUACAUAGAAUAACACAUAUAGGGAUUUUCUCCCCCAUGAAAUACCUCCUUACCACAUUUGGUAGGCUCCUUGAUGUGAUCUGGAGAA